AUGGGCAAAGUCCCAUACUAUACAGACUCUGAGGAAACUGAAGACACAUCGAGCUCAAUCGAUAACGUCAAGAAAAAGAAGAAGUUAUCAAUUCUAAAGUACAACGGCGGUAACCUGCGGAAGAAGAAAUGCAAAGUCCACAGCAAGUCGGAGCCAGAAGAAAGCGAACACGCUUAUUACAGCAACAGCAAAAGCAAUCAACGGUUUGGUCAAAAACUACGAGGAAUAUUAAAACACACUGAACAUGAGUCAACAGCCUCCGAUGAUGAUGAUGAAAGCGCAUCAAGCCGUGUCUUCAGCUCGGGCCAUCGCUACCUCGUGGGACGGGUUCCUAGGCCUGCAGGGGCGAAACCAGGGCGUGGAGGUGGUGUCGCUAUUGUUGUCAAGAAGAAUGUAAAUGUAAGGGAGGUUAUGCAAAAUUUACUUAGCUAG